UAUGCAUAUAGGUAUAUAUAUGUGUAUGCAUAUAGGUACAUAUAGAUACAAUUAGAUAUAUACGGGUGCCACGUCGAAUCGCAUCCUAAAUCGGAUCACCAUGGGUCCAAAAGCGCUAAAGCUGGGAAAAUUUGCCAGCAAGAAAACAAAGCAGGGAAACUUGAACUCUUUCUUCGGCAUAAAGAAGGAAGUUACAGACGAUAGCUCAGGGGAAGCUGCGGGGAACAAACGUCCACGCGCAGAGAAGGAUAAGGAGAACAUCAAUGCACACUCGCCCAAGAAAGCUAAGAUCAAGGACCCCGCCACCAGUCUUGGCAACAAGUUCAGCGCUUUUGCUGCGAAGAAACCCGUGAAGAAGGGGUCUACGGAAGUCACGUCAUUGGUGAGUGACGAGGAGACUGAGGGCAGUGCGGCUGUGCCGAAGAAGGCGCUCCCUGGGAGGAGCAAGCCACAGGUGAUGAGUGUCGACAGCGAAGAUGACAGCGAUGAACCCUUGGCGGCUGGUGUUAAGCGGGAAAUUAGUCAGUCCACCACAGCCAAACCGAAGGGCCACUCACAUGUGAUCGAAAGCGACAGCGAAAGUGAGCGUUCAAGCACUAAAAACGCGGAAACCCCCGCGAGAAAACCUCUUUCAAGCGUAGGAGAGUCUGGCUCGAAAGAUAGCGCUGUGAGGAAAUCUAUGGAAAGAUUCCGGGCGCCUACGGCCAGUUCCGCUAUGAAGAGCAAGCAGAACGACAUUAUCAAGGACUCGAACACACCGUCUGGGACGCAAAGCCUGAAUACGAAUACACAGAGUGAAAUUAAGAAAAAGGCUUUGAAAACAGAGUCAUCGGCAGACGAGACUUUCAAGAAGUAUAUCAAGACGGCGUCCGCAGGUAAAGGGAAAGCGAACAUCGCCACUCCAAAGAACUCUGGCGGCCGUAAAUCCGGGAGUGCUACGCCCAAAGGCAGUACAGGCUCGGAUGGUGGAACCCAGGCAGUAGACGGAGAGAUAGCCGUACACUACGAGGGUGGAAGGUCGGCUAUCCGGUAUGCUUCAGAUGAUGAUAACAAGGGCAAACUGGUUGCGGUUAUGUCUGUGGCCAAACCUUAUGGGCGAGAGGAGUCGAAGCAGUUCACACCGCUGGAAAACCAGUACAUUAAGAUGAAGCGAAAGUAUCCGGACGCCAUUCUGUUUGUGGAGUGCGGGUACAAGUUCAGGUUCUUCGAUGAAGAUGCAAAGGUGGCAGCAAAGGCCCUGAACAUCUGUUGUUCUAACUAUGGCAACAUGGCGGGUGCCAGCAUACCAGUCCAGCGACUACCGAUACACGUCCGCAGAUUAGUGGAGCUGAACUACAAGGUGGGUGUGAUAGGUCAAACAGAGACAGCGGCGAUCAAGGCGACUGGUACUACUAAAAGUGGAGUGUUCACUAGAGAUCUUACCGCAAUGUACACUAAGGGCACUCUUGUGGGGGAAAGCGUAAACGAUGGUGGCGGUGCCGAAGGUAGCGGCACUUUCGAGCAACUGAGUUUUCUGCUGUGCAUCAAUGAAAUUGCCCCUGAAGACGAUAAAAAGGGCGACAGCGAUACGGUUAAAAUCGGAUUGCUCGCAGUGCAUGUGGGCACGGGGGAGAUAGUAUACGACAGCUUCGAAGACAGCUGCACGCGCAACCAAUUGCACACACGGAUUGCGCAUCUGAAACCCAGCGAGAUCGUGGUGUCCACAGGACUGUCCCCCCGUACACAGAAGGCCGUGAUGAGUUAUGCCACAACCAGUUUCGUCCGAGUCGAAUGCUUAAAAAAUACACUGACUGUUGAGAAGGCCGAUGGCCUGAUAACCGAUUUCUAUGCCGCCUCAAAGUCCAAGCGGAGUGCGGAAGAGUUCGUAACCGCCAUCCAAGCAAUGCCCGAUGUUGUGACUGUAUGCUACGCAUACUUGAUUCGCUAUUUGAAGUUGUUCAAGCUCGAGAGGGUAUUCCGGCUAUCAGCUAGUAAGAUUGUAUCUUUCGAGCACCAAGGCUGCAUGCAGCUGACGUCAAAAACUGUGGCAAAUCUUGAGCUUCUCGCAAACGACACGGACCUAACUGAACACGGCUCGUUGCUGCAAGUAGUGAACUUCACUAAGACACAGUUUGGCAAGCGCCUGAUGAGUAAGUGGAUCACCCGACCAUUGACAUCAGCCAGGGCUAUCAACGCACGAUUGGAUGCUGUCACAGUCUUACGAGACACCAGCCUACCGUGGCUGCCUCGCCUGCGCGCCCUGUUGGAGAACAUGCCGGAUCUGGAGAAGGGGUUGACACGGGUACUAUACAAAAAGAUUGCGGCCCUCAUCAACGAGAAAUACGUGCCGAACGAUGUCACAAUACUAGAGGAUAGCAGAUUUUUGGUCAUCACAGGUCCAAACAUGGGCGGCAAAAGUUGCUAUAUGAAGCAAGUAGCUCUUCUCGCCAUCAUGGCGCAAAUCGGAUCAUAUGUACCGGCGGAAAGUUGCGAACUGUGUCCGUUCGAUGCAGUACACACGCGAAUGGGGGCCUGCGACUACAUAGACAAAGGUGUCAGCACAUUCAUGGUCGAACUGCAGGAUACUGCUGAGAUCCUUACGAAGGCUACGUCUCGUUCACUUGUGCUGGUGGAUGAGCUGGGCAGAGGUACCUCCACACACGACGGUGUGGCCAUUGCUUACGCCACAUCCCAAAGCCUCAUUGCCGACGUGGGCUGUGCUGUGCUGUUUGCCACGCACUAUCCGUUGCUGUCUCAGCUGGAAAUCAACUAUCCGACCGCGGUUUCUAAUCACUACAUGGACUUCUUUGAAGAGGAAACAACAAACGACAGCGGGGCGUCAGAGCACGCAAUCACAUUCCUGUACACACUCGCGCGCGGUGUGGCGAACAGAAGCUACGGGUUAAAUGUGGCAAGACUCGCGGAUUUGCCCAACGAAAUACUCCGAUUGGCUGCAAAGAAAUCGACGGAGCUCGAAACCCAAAUUCGCGAGAGAGGCGGGGUGGCCAGAGAUGAAUCGGUAGUGUUUUCCAAGAUUAUCGGCCUGUUCGGGGGCUCAGACGCAAGUGGAGCCUUCAACCCCGAAAGUAGCGAUUUUCCCACCGCCGAAGCGAUUGUCAAACAAUUAGAAUACACUUUAGACACUUGGAGUACGUGGAAACAAUAAAGUGAUUAUAGCUAA